ACCGCAAGUGAACUCCAGGGCUGCUCUCUAAACCUAGCUCCGGCUGUUGCCGCUGCACCCCUGCUGCCUCAGGGUGAAGCCUUGCUCACCUCUGGUCACCCCAGGGGAGAGCGACCCCGGCUGCAGCCAGGCACGGAGCAUCCUAGCUAUCUUUCUCCCUGGGUGCUGCUUCCUACCCCCAUACUGCUUCAUCCCUUACCCCACCCUACACUCCGUUCUGCGGGUCGGAGCAUGGUUCUCAUGUGACUUUCCCCCCCUUUUCAUGGACAGUACCUGCACCUUUAGCAGUUCGGAGCUGGCUUCUGUUUUCCGUUAGUGCUUUGCUGCAGGGACAAAUGCAUACAAAUGCAUUUAGGAGCCUACAGGACAAGGCAUGGAAAGGUCUCCCCCACCACAGAAACGAAACUGUUUCUUCGCUUUACUGUACUAUGUGUGGUGUGGAUUUCUGUUCAUGCACAGGGACAAGGCAUAGAUAUUCUUCAGCAACUAGGCCUUGGAGGCAGAGAUGCAAGAUACACGUCAUCGGUGACAGCUGUGCCGUCAUUGUCACCAUCCACACCAUUACCUCAGGGGGUCCAUUUAACGGACUUUGGUGUCAUCUUAACAGAUAAUGCCUAUAUUGAGUCACCACUUGUGAACAUUUUACCCGUUAGCCUAAGACAGCCACUGACAGUAUUGAUUGGGUUACAAUCAUUCAAAGUGAACAAUGCAUUUCUCUUCAGCAUUCGGAAUAACAACAGGCUGCAGUUUGGCAUACAGCUACUACCUAAGAAACUAAUAGUUCAUGUCGGAGGAAAGCAAACUGUAACUUUCAACUACAGUGCCCACGAUGAGCGAUGGCACUCAUUCGCCAUCACUGUUGACCACCACGUCAUCUCCAUGUUUGUUGAGUGUGGAAAGAGCUAUUUUAGUGGAGAGACAACUUCGGAUGUUCAGACCUUUGACCCUCACAGUGUGUUUACCUUGGGAAGUAUAAAUAACAGCUCUGCCCACUUUGAAGGAACAGUGUGCCAGUUGGAUAUCAUGCCUUCCAUGGCGGCAUCUGCUGAGUACUGCAGACACCUGAAACAGCAGUGCCCCCGAACAGACACAUCCCAAGCUGAAAGAAGCCCUCCUCACACGGCAGUAAUGUCCACCAGACACCCUGAGCACUCUGCAUUGCCCAGAGGUUUUGCUGGAACAGAAUCGCCACAGAAGAGAUUCACAGACCAGGCUUCCUUGCCAAAAGGAUUUGAUGAAACAGAACGGCCACAGGAGACGUUUGCUGAUGGCAAAAGCUUUCCAAACAACAGAAGUAAUGAUUCUGCCAUGGUACAUGAAAGCCAAGAGCACCAGACACCAAGGGCUCAGUUAACUUCUUUCCAUUCAGGAAACAUCUCCGCUGUGACUCUCCCAAACUACAGAAUUCAGGCUAAAGAAAUCACCACCAAGGAGGAGACAAAUUUAACCCUGUCAGUGGCCCAUCAUCUUCCUAGUGAGGCAAGAAUGAAUGAAGAGGAGAGAAUUAACCCUCUCUUCCCUGGAUUCGACAACAUCACCCAACAUGAGGAGGCAGCUGGCCUGCCCCUGCCUGAGAAGGCAUCAUCCAGCUUUGUACACACAAAUCAAGACACCAUGAAUAACCUCGAGAAGGCUCUCACAGCAAAUCUAUACACCAAUGAGCUCACAGAAACGGAACGGAUCUUAAACAGCACCUUGUAUAGAGUGAUACACGGGCCCUCAGUGGAUAACCACCUUGAACUAAGGAAGGAAGGAGAAUUUUACCCUGAUGCCACGAAUCCUAUUGAAAGCAGCUAUGAGCCCCAGACUUAUGAAUAUUACGAUUAUGAGGAUUACAAUGCAAUGCUUGACAUGGAGUAUCUGAGAGGGCCAAAAGGAGACCCAGGACCUCCUGGUCCCCCUGGUCCAAUGGGCAUCCCAGGUCCGUCAGGCAAGAGAGGUCCACGGGGUAUUCCGGGACCACAUGGAAAUCCAGGGUUGCCUGGACUGCCAGGUCCAAAGGGCCCCAAAGGAGAUCCUGGGCUGUCCCCAGGCCAAGCUGCUUCUGGAGAAAAGGGUGACCCAGGUCUUUUGGGGUUAGUGGGCCCCCCUGGCUUACAAGGUGUAAAGGGUCUCAAAGGACACCCAGGGCUCCCCGGACUCCGCGGCGAACACGGAAUUCCAGGACUUGCUGGUAAUAUUGGCUCACCUGGCUACCCUGGCAGGCAGGGUUUAGCUGGACCAGAGGGUAACCCAGGCUCCAAAGGUAUCCGAGGUUUCAUCGGUUCUCCUGGCGAGGUGGGACAGCUGGGACCUGAAGGAGAAAGGGGCACUCCUGGGGUGCGUGGGAAGAAAGGUCCGAAGGGCAGACAGGGUUUUCCAGGUGACUUUGGAGACAGAGGCCCUGCUGGUCUGGAUGGCAGUCCUGGGGUUGUAGGUGGCACCGGACCUCCCGGGUUUCCUGGUGUUACAGGAAGUGUCGGUUCUGCAGGACCGAUUGGACCUCCAGGAGCUCCUGGCCCAAUGGGCCUUUCAGGAAGUAGAGGACCAUCUGGAAUCAAAGGUGAUAAGGGUGAGCAAGGUGUGGCAGGGGAGCCAGGAGAACCCGGGUACCCUGGAGACAAGGGCAACAUUGGAUCACCAGGACCACCAGGGAUAAGAGGAAAGUCAGGACCUUCAGGACAACCAGGUGACCCAGGACCACAGGGACCAUGUGGCCCUCCAGGACCAGAGGGUUUUCCGGGAGACAUUGGGAUUCCUGGACAAAAUGGACCUGAAGGACCAAAGGGACAUCUUGGAAACAGAGGGCCCCCUGGGCCUCCAGGUCUCAAAGGAACUCAGGGAGAAGAAGGACCAGUUGGACCUUUUGGAGAACUGGGAUCUAGGGGAAAACCAGGUCGCAAAGGGUAUAUGGGUGAACCAGGGCCAGAAGGCUUAAAGGGAGAAGUGGGAGACCAAGGAGAUAUUGGGGAAACUGGCGAAAGAGGACCCGUUGGUUUACCUGGAGAAGUAGGGAUAACUGGAAGCAUUGGUGAGAAGGGAGAACGUGGAAAUCCAGGCCCACUUGGUCCCCAGGGGGAAAAAGGUGUCAUGGGCUACCCAGGUCCUCCUGGGGCUCCAGGGCCCAUGGGCCCACUUGGAUUACCUGGUCUUGUUGGGGCAAGAGGCGCACCUGGAAGUCUGGGUCCUAAAGGACAAAGAGGACCCAGAGGACCAGAUGGCCUCACAGGGGAUCAAGGUGGAGAUGGUGCCAAGGGUGAAAAAGGAAACCAAGGGAAAAGAGGGCUUCCUGGCCUCCCCGGUAAGGCUGGAAGCCCUGGGGAGAGGGGAGUUCAAGGAAAACCGGGCUUACAAGGACUCCCUGGCAGCUCAGGAGAUGUGGGACCUGCCGGAGAACCGGGACCACGAGGACUGCCUGGUAAUGCUGGCCUUCCUGGAGAGAUGGGCGUUGAGGGACCUCCGGGCACCGAGGGAGACUCUGGCCUGCAAGGUGAACCGGGUGCUAAGGGAGAUGGUGGACCUGCCGGCAGUGCUGGAGCUACUGGGGAGCCGGGGCCAAGAGGAGAACCAGGAGCUCCUGGAGAAGAAGGUCUCCAAGGAAAAGAUGGAUUAAAGGGGGUUCCAGGAGGAAGCGGACUUCCUGGAGAGGAUGGAGACAAAGGAGAGAUGGGCUUACCAGGAACAGCAGGCCCUGUGGGGAGACCAGGUCAGAUGGGCCUUCCAGGACCUGAAGGAAUUGUGGGAACCCCGGGACCAAGAGGUCGACUGGGGAAAAAGGGUGAUAAAGGACAAGUAGGACCCAUGGGAGAAGCUGGAAGCAGAGGAACCCCUGGAAGCGUUGGGGAAAACGGCCCUAAGGGUGCCAGAGGAACUCGGGGUGCUGUGGGUCCAUUAGGACUGAUGGGACCUGAAGGCGAACCAGGAAUCCCAGGAUACAGAGGCCAUCAAGGUCAACCAGGACCCUCUGGAUUGCCAGGACCUAAAGGAGAAAAGGGCUACCCAGGAGAAGACAGCACCGUUCUGGGACCUCCUGGGCCUCCAGGUGAACCAGGGCCAAUAGGGGAGCAAGGAGAGACAGGGGAACAUGGCGAAGAAGGCUAUAAGGGCCAUAUGGGUGUGCCAGGACUCAGAGGUGCCACUGGACAGCAAGGACCCCCAGGUGAACCAGGUGACCAGGGUGGACAAGGACUGAAAGGAGAGAGAGGAUCUGAAGGUCCUCAGGGGAAAAAGGGAGUUCCUGGUCCUUCUGGGAAACCAGGCAUUCCCGGAGUUCCAGGCUUUUCCGGGCCAAAGGGUUUACAAGGAUACCCUGGAGUUGACGGCAUGUCAGGAUACCCUGGGAAGCCUGGUCUACCAGGAAAACAAGGACUUCCGGGCGUCCCGGGCAGCCCAGGGAGAACAGGACUGGCUGGAUCCCCAGGUCCUCAAGGAGGAAAAGGCGCAUCAGGCCUUCCAGGAAGCCCUGGUGCUCCAGGCCCAAAGGGUGAACAAGGGCUACCUGGUCAGCCUGGAGUCCCAGGUCAAAGAGGUCAUCGAGGAACACCAGGCGACCAAGGACUCCCUGGAGCACCUGGUCUGAAAGGGCAGCCUGGGGAACAUGGUGAUCAAGGUUUGACAGGUUUCCAGGGAUUCCCAGGCCCCAGAGGUCCCGACGGGGAUGCUGGCAUUGUUGGAAUUGUAGGCCCUAAAGGUCCCGUUGGGCAGAGAGGAAACUCUGGCCCUCUUGGCCGUGAAGGGAUAAUAGGCCCAACAGGUGGAACUGGACCCAGAGGUGAAAAAGGCUUUAGAGGUGAAACUGGUCCCCAAGGACCGAGAGGUCAACCAGGACCCCCUGGUCCUCCUGGAGCACCUGGUCCAAGAAGACAAAUGGAUAUCAAUGCUGCUAUUCGAGCUCUGAUAGAAUCAAAUUCUGCCCAGCAGAUGGAGCUCUUCUGGCUUGGAAAAUACUGGAUUGACCCAAAUCUUGGAUGUUCCUCAGAUGCCUUUGAGGUUUUCUGCAACUUCAGUGCUGGAGGCCAGACAUGUCUAUCUCCUGUUUCUGUGACAAAGUUGGAGUUUGGAGUCGGCAAAGUACAGAUGAACUUCCUUCACUUGCUGAGCUCAGAAGCCACCCACACCAUCACCAUUCACUGUCUCAACACCCCGAGGUGGACCAGCACACGGGCGGAUGGUCCAGAGUUGCCUGUCAGUUUCAAAGGAUGGAAUGGUCAGAUUUUUGAAGAAAACACUCUACUUGAACCACAGGUCCUCUCAGAUGACUGCAAGAUUCAGGAUGGCAGCUGGCACAAGGCGAAAUUCCUUUUUCACACCCAGAAUCCUAAUCAGCUUCCUGUGACUGAAGUCCAAAACCUUCCUCCUCUUGGAACUGAGCAAAAGCGCUACAUUGAAAGCAAUUCCGUGUGCUUUCUCUAAGGCCCCGGGGUCAGCAGGGAAUGUCAUGCUGUUGGUCAAGUAAUUGCAGAGAGGAAAAUGUAAACAGAAAGGUAAUGUCCUUAUGAAAUGUAGGGGAAAGAAAAGGACAGGGGCUAAAUCUUAAGAAAUCUCAGGAAGAAAUAAUUUCCUCCCAAGGAGAAAUGGCGGCAUUUUUAAAGGACUAUGACUGAUAAUGUAUUUAAUUCUCUUAAAUUGUUUUUAUCGAUCUGAGUGUUCAUAAGGAACUCCCUAGAACUGAAAUUGUAUAGACUUGGAACUCUUGAGGGUUUCCUGUGCUUUUGUCCCAUGAGGCAGCUGGAGCUGCAGGGCCCCGCGGAGCAGUACUGGAUAGUGCUCCAAACAGUGGGAUGUGUCUGUCUGAAACUUACAAGCCAGUCUGCUGCACCUUCUUGUCCCAAACACUAAGCUGUGUUCAGGUCCCCCCAUGGCAUAUAAAAUCUUAGUGGUGCACACUACCUCUUUUGUGUUUCCUUUUGGUGAUGCUUGGUGCUGUCUCCCAAAACAGGGUGCUGCGGCUGUCAUAAGACUAUUUUAUUUCUUCAUCUUCGUUAUCAAGAGUGUAUGUACUGGUUACAUCAAAAAUAUGUCUUGAUUGUUAAUACUUAUUUCUAUUUGUUUGGUCUCAUGCUUAAUAACUAGUAAAGUUAUUUAUGCAAGGUCCUUAUUUUAUUUUAAAAUUAUCUUUGGGCACAUGGAAUCAAAGCCAGCAUGCUGUAACUCAUGUGUAUACACAGGAGACCCGGGGCUUUUCUUCUGUUGUUUUUCUUCUUUAAAUUGCUGUAAAAAGUACUUCAGGCCACCUAAGUCCAGUGGGAGGUUUGGAUUAGAAACUGGUGUUUGUGAUAUACUGUUAUAAAACUCCAAGAUCAUCUGGAAUGAUAUUUUGUAUAUAUAUAAAUAUUGUGUAAAGUUUUAAUCCAGGCAAUCCUUUGGAAAUUUUGCUGCUGUUUUAAAUUAUAAAAUGUUAUAUUUAUGCUUUUAGAAAAUAUUUGCUUUGUAGUACUCAAUGAUUUUUUUCUUUCACUGUUCUGAAAUAAAAUUUUAGUGCUUAAAAGAAUUUUAUAGUCUUUGAAGCAAUAUUGUACAUGAGGAACUCUUUUUCCACUAAAACUAAGCUCAGCCCAUUCAGUCUUUCCUUGUUAUCAGAGAAAAAUGUUACUUCAAUAGUAAAGAAGAUGACUCUUGCUGUAUGAACGAGCCUGUUGUUCGUCUGUUACAAGCAUACUGUUAACCUCAGCAAACCAGAUUUACCUGUCUAUAAUAAAGAGGUGCUUUAAA